UCCCUUUCUUCUUUCUGUAAACAAUAAAAAUAAAUUAAAAAAAAUAAAUCUCAACAGAGAAAAGGUUGUUGCAUCGAACAAGCAUCUGAGUUCAGUUCUGUCCGUGAAGCCACUCACUCAAAAAAGUUCUCUAACUACUUAAAGAGGAAGAAUCCUACUCUUCACAAAAAACCCACCUUUCUCUCUUGUGGUUCGUUUCUUCCAUCACCAUCAAAAUCAAAAGCUUCACACCAGAGUGGAAAGUGCCAAUGGGAUCUCUCUGUGUCCCUCUAUCUACGAUCUUCUCAAUUUGUUGUCUGGUAUUACUGGGUGCUGAAUCAAAGACGCAUUGGGAAGAUGCAGAGGUUCUGAAGGAGCUAAAGCGAGGUUUGGAACCAGCUUCGGUCAUCCCAGGCUCUUGCAUCAGUUCCUGGGACUUCACCGUCGACCCCUGCGACAACCUAUUCGGCCAGAAAUUCACGUGCGGCUUCAGAUGCGACCUUGUCGUUUCGGGCCUCAGUCGAGUCACGGAACUUGCGCUGGACCAAGCGGGUUAUGUUGGCUCUCUCACCUUCACGUGGAACCUUCCUUUUCUACAAACACUCGAUCUCUCCAAGAACCAAUUCUCCGCCCAAAUUCCCGAUUCCUUUUCAAACCUAACUCGCCUCCGCCGACUCAGUCUCUCGUCGAACUCCUUCUCCGGCGAGAUACCCCCUUCUCUCGGCACACUCCCCACCCUCCAAGAGCUUUACCUCGACAACAACAACCUAACAGGAGCAAUCCCACAAGGCUUCCACAACCUUAAAAGACUCGAACUCCAGUCCAACAAACUCAGCACCUAUCUAUCCAACUUGGACUCCUUCACAAACCUUAAAUACCUCGAUCUCAGCGAUAACUCCAUCGCCGGAGUGUUGCCGGCAUCGCUCCCUGUUUCGCUGGUUCAGAUAUCCAUUCGGAACAACAAUUUAAGUGGUGUCUUGUCGAGUGAAAGCUUCGGGAAUUUGACGAGGUUGCAGGUGGUGGAUUUCAGCUCCAACCGAAUCAGCGGUUCCAUUCCUUCGGUUUUCUUCGAGCUUCCGUCGUUGCAGCAGUUGACGCUAUCCUUCAACGAGUUCACGAAGGUCGAAGCACCUUAUAAGGGAGUGGAGUCCCGGAGCGGGCUUAUCGCGGUUGAUUUAAGCAACAACAAGCUGGAGGGGUUUUUGCCGUCGUUCAUGGCGAUGGUGCCGAAGUUAUCGUCGUUGUCGUUGGAGAAUAACCAGUUCACAGGGCGAAUAGCGACCCAGUUUGCGGUGAAAACGGUGUCUCCCCAAACGGGAGUGUCUCAGUUGGGGAGGCUUCUGUUGGGGGGGAAUUACUUGGUAGGAGGGAUUCCUCGACCCUUGUUGACGCUGAAACGCGAUUCUGCGAACGUGAGUUUAGUUGAUAACUGCUUGUACAGGUGCCCUCACAGUUUCUUCUUCUGCCAAGGUGGACAACAGAAGCCAUUGACACAGUGUAACGACAGAUUUGUCUCAACCAGUGAAUAAUUUUACUUUAUUUUUUUUACUUUUCUUGUUGUUGAUUUAUGAUGACACAUCUUAUCUUAAAUGCUGUACAAAUAUAUGACUCUAUGCUUAUUCAUGAGAGCUUUUAGGUCAACGCUAA